AUGAAGCCUAUCCUCUUGAUUCCAAUUUGCUGUUUUCAAGAGCAGAAGAAAGGGACUGCAAAGUCGACACUCGUGAAGGUGAAGAACGGGUAUACAGAAGUUGAUGACUAUAUUGCAACCUACGAACCGCUCAUCUUUGAAGAAGCCAAAUCCCAGAUCAUUAAGGAGAAAGAGGAAGAAGACGUGACUGAUUGGAAAUUGAGGGUGGUAAAAAGUUGGAGUGAGGCAGAUGAUUUUCAUUUUAUAGAAUUUCCGUGUGAAAUUAACGAGGGAGAAUCAAUAUCACAGAAUGAUCUUUUGCUGCUUUCCAGAGAUAAGCAGUUUGUAGAUGGAAAAAGAUUACCUACUGUUUAUGCAUUUGCUUUGGUGGAACAUGUCCGGAAAUAUUUUGAUACCCGACUUGUUCGAGUUAGACUCUAUCUUGCUGGGGAGUUCUUAAAAUAUAAAACAGAUGAUAUAAAAUCUUGCCCUAGGCUGUUUAACAUGCGAUCUCAUAUAUGCGAGACAGAAAGACAGUUAUAUUUUAUGAAGGUCCAUAGCAGAGUACCCUUCCAAACUGAUAAAGUUGAUUUUAACCUCUAUCGGAUCUCUUGCAUGUUGGCUCGCUCUUUUACCCUUUUUGUAGAAUUCAAGAAUAAUUUAGUUUGGUUAGAUGAUGUUCAACAAGAGCCUUGUGUAAUAUUAGGUUUCAAAGUACAUAUCUUGCAAAAUUACCUUGGGAUGGUGACCACUUCUGUCCCGAGAUCAACUAAAAUAAACCGCAAAUGGGUUUUAUACUAGCAUUGUUAGUGUUGAAAUGUAAUGUUAUUUUAUUAUUUCUUUUAUAUAUACAUACCAAGCUUGUGUUGCCA